AUGGGGCGGUUGGCAUGGUGCAGUUUUCUGCUGCUACAAGCGAGCGCCAACUUCGAGCCGUUUGCUGAUGUCGAGGAGCUGAAGCCGCACCGGCUGCAUGAGCAUUGCGAGGAAGCGGCGGAUGAGGAUGGUCACCGAUGGUGUUCAAGAUCCAUCAAGAAGCGCCUCGAGGAUGGGUCUGACAUCGAGCUGAACUGGAGGAUGCACAUCAAUCCUGACCGGAUCUUGUCUCUGGACACAGAGGCAGAGCACGGCGUCAAGAUUACCAGGUGUGCUCCAGACGAGCUGGACUUGUUUGUUCCACACACUCACCUUGGGCACCUCGAAGCGGGCAAGUUUAUUGUUGGCUCGCACUUUGUGCACAACUGCCCGCACAUUCCCGAGAGUGCCAUGUACCACAAGAUCGUACAGGUGCAGAGGAAAAGGACCUCAGAUGGUGGCGUUGGAAAGAUGUUCCACUAUCAGCUUGCCACAGAGGCGGUCCCUCACAUGGGAUACACUGCGAAACAUGUGAACUUCUACUUCAACUACAUGCCCGUUGAGGCCCGUGAGGAUGACUUCUGGCCAAAGAGGCGAUCUUACCUUGAUCUCCCACGCGAGCAGCGCCAGCAGCAGCGAAGGCUCUUCAAUUUUCCAGGUUUUGUUCAGCCCAAUGCUGGAGAUUUCCACACGCAAGGUCAAACCUCAGCUGAUAUGCAGAGGACCAACGGCAUUGUGAGCUUCAACCCCGAUCAGUUGUCGAACUUCGGGUGGAACUGGAACUUCUUCCUGAACGAAACCAAGGCGCCAAGGUUUGUGAUCGACCAGCCGGACACCCAUGGCACCUUCAUUUUGGAGAAUCCUUACGUCAAGGCUCAUGCGGGCUGCUUCUUGAACUUCACUUCCCGCUUUGAAGGCUUCAUGCAUGCGCCCCACAUCAUUUGGCAAGCCGGGCUGAACGGCAAGGGAAUCAUGCAGGCCACGUGA